AUGAGUGAACCUCCUAAACCAUUAUUAAUUAAAGUUGUAUUAAUGAUAGAUAGUCAUACACUAAGGUUUGAUAAACAAGUAACUAAAAAUACUAAAAUUGGAGAUAUUUUAGCACAAAUUAAAGGAGGAUUAACAAAUGAACAGAAGAAAUAUGAAUUUAGUUGUUUUAAUGAUGGAAUUAGAUUAGUAGAAAAUAAUGGAAUUGAUUUUUAUGGAAUUGAUGAUGGAGAUGAAAUUGAAAUUAAAGCAUUUAAUAAACCAAUGGCUAUGGCAAGAUUAUCAAGAGUAGUACCACAUGAAAAAGAUUAUCAUCAAAUAUAUUUAAAUAGUGAAAAAGUAGGAUUUUUAUUAAAAAAGAAAGUAUCUAAAGUUAGUGGAUGGAAAAGAAGAUGGGUUGUUUUAUGUAGAGGAUUUUUAUUUUAUUAUAAUAAUCCUAAAGAUGAAAUUCCAAUUGGAAAAAUGCAACUAAAAGAUACAUAUAUUCAGUUUUUAGGAAGUGAUGGAGAAAAACAAUUUGUUUUUCAAUAUGAAAACAAACCUGAUUGUUAUCAUUUUAGUUGUGAAAGUGAAGAAGAAUAUAUUAGUUGGAGAAAAGUUCUUAUAGAACAUCAAACAUGUUUAAUUAGUACAGUUGCAAUGAAAAUGAUUCAAGAAUCUACUGAUUUUAGUAUUGUUACAAUUAAUAAAACAAAAAAAGCAUGGUUAAUGAUGAAUUCAGGUACUAUUUUUUGUUUUGAUUCACCUGCUGAAUCAGAAAGUUUAUUUGAAUUUUAUAUUCAUGAAUCAAAAGUUUUAACAGUUGCAGCAGAAAAAGAGUUUACAUUUGUUCAUUUAAAUAAUAGAAAAUCUAUUAGAUUUAAUACAUCAACAGAAUAUGAAAAAUGGAAAUCAAUGCUUACUGAUACUGUUAAGAUUAUGGGAAGAAAUAUUUAUGUAGAUUCAUUUAUUACUGAUGAAUAUAAAGAUAAAAAGAAUAUUGUUAAAGAAGGAUUUCUUUUUAAAGAAAAAUUAAAGAAAAUGCAAACAAAAAAGAAAAGAUGGUGUAUAUUAACAAAAAAUAAAUUAUUUUAUUUUAAUUGUAAACCAGAAAAUGAUAAAAAUAUACCUUUUGGUUGUUUUGAUCUUUUACUUGCUAGAGUUCAUUUAACACAUACAAAUAAAGGAGAAAAUAUCAUUGAAAUUAAAACAAGUGAAGGUGAAUAUCAAUUUACUUCAAAUGAUAAUAAAGAAUUAACAAUUUGGGCUGAUUUAAUUCAAAGAGAAUGUACUGGUGCACCAACUAAUGUUCAACAUCUUCAACAUGUUACAUUUGAUUUAGAAUGGGAUACUUCUGGUUCUGAUCCAAAUGAAAUAUUCUGUUUAAAAGAAGUACUUGGAACAGGAAGUUUUGGAACAGUUUAUCAUGCAGUUCAUAGACAAUCAAACUUUGAAAUGGCUAUUAAAAUUUUAACUGUUAAUAAACAACAAACUGAUGCAUUAAAAAGUGAAAUUGAUAUAUUAAAAAAAUGUAGAUCACCUAAUGUUGUAAGUUAUUAUGGAACUAUUAAAAUAGAUGAAAAUACAUUAUGGAUUCUUAUGGAUAUGUGUGGUGUUGGAAGUGUUAAAGAUCUUAUGAAGAAAACAAUGGAAAAUUUAAAUGAACAACAACUUCGUUAUGUAUUAAAUGAAACAUUAAAAGGAUUAGUUUAUCUUCAUAGUAUUAAAAUUAUCCAUCAUGAUAUUAAAGCUGGAAAUAUUUUACUUACAAAUGAAGGUAAAGUAAAAUUAGCUGAUUUUGGUGUAUCUCAACAAUAUAAAGAGAAUGAAAAUAAGAAAGCAGAAGACUUUAUUGGAAGUCCUUUAUUUAUGUCACCUGAAGUCAUUAAAAAAUCUUUCUAUAAUAAUAAAACAGAUAUUUGGUCUUUAGGAAUUACUGUUAUUGAAAUGGCAGAAGGAAAUCCACCAAAUAGACAUGUCACUAGUUUUGACCAAUUACUUACUGUCAUUGAAAAUAAACCUCCUUCUUUUAAAAAUCCAAAGUUGUGGACAACUCAAUUGGUUGAUUUUGUUGCACAAUGUCUUAUUAUUGAUUAUAAUCAAAGACCAGAUGCUGUAACAUUAUUAUGGCAUCCUUUUAUUGUAGCACAAUCCCCUCCAUCUCCACAACCUUUAUUAGAUCUAAUUAAACAAGUCGCUAAUUAA